UUUGUUUUGAAACACACGAUACAGCUUGCAGCUCACCGACAGAUGAAAAGAGUAGUGUAAAUUGUUAGCUCUGCUCUCCUCGUUUCUUCAUGAAUUUCAUGCUUAUUUAGAGAAAAUAAACAGUUGUUAAUUUUUUCUUAAAAAAUGGGAAAGACUAGUAAAGAUUGGAAAAAAGGUAAAAAGAAAUUUUCAAAAAGAGGAUUUGAAGAAGAAUUUGUGGAUGAAGAUACUGAAACUGAUAUUAUUCCUGCUGCUGCUGCACAACAAAUUUCUGAUGGAACUCAGGAAGAUGAAUUUGGAGCUAAAGAUUAUCGAAAACUUAUGGAGCUUCGUCUUGAUCAUGAAUCUCGACCAAUUUGGGUGGCACCAGAUGGUCAUAUUUUCUUAGAAGCAUUUUCACCUGUUUACAAACAUGCUCAUGAUUUUCUCAUUGCCAUUUCUGAACCUGUUUGCCGACCUGAACAUAUACAUGAAUACCGGUUAACUGCAUAUUCAUUGUAUGCUGCUGUUUCUGUAGGCCUGCAGACAAAUGACAUAAUUGAAUAUUUAAAGCGAUUAAGUAAAACUAGCAUUCCUGAUGGGAUUGUUGAAUUUAUUAAGCUUUGUACUGUAAGUUAUGGAAAGAUCAAGCUUGUUUUAAAGCAUAAUCGAUAUUUUAUUGAGAGUCCUUUUCCUGAGGUUUUACAAAAACUUCUAAAAGAUCCUGUCAUACAAGAAUGUCGCUUAAAGCGAGAUGCUGAUGAUGUUGGAAAUUUAAUAACAGGAAAAGACUCAACAAAAAAUGCUCUUCAGUUGAAUGGUAGUGCUAGUACCAGUGCAGAUAAAACUCCUGAGAAAAGUGAUACUGUUCCUGAUGAUAUUGCUAAUUUUUAUGAGAAGUUAGAACAUGAAGAUGAAGAAAAGGAAGAUAUGCAAACUGUUGCUGUUGAAAUAAAUCAAGAAAAGAUUGAAGUACUUCAAAAGAGGUGCAUUGAGUUGGAGUACCCUCUACUUGCAGAAUAUGAUUUUAAAAAUGAUACAGUGAAUCCUGAUAUUAACAUGGAUUUAAGACCACUGGCAAUUUUAAGACCUUACCAGGAAAAGAGUUUAAGAAAAAUGUUUGGAAAUGGGAGAGCAAGAUCAGGAAUAAUUGUCUUGCCGUGUGGUGCUGGAAAGUCUUUAGUUGGCGUGACUGCAUGUUGUACAGUCAGAAAACGUUGUUUGGUUUUAUGUAAUUCUGGUGUUUCUGUAGAACAGUGGAAGACACAAUUUAAAAUGUGGUCAACUGCAGAUGAUAGUAUGAUUUGUCGUUUUACUUCAGAUGCUAAGGAUAAACCAAUGGGUUGUGGCAUUUGUAUUACUACCUAUUCUAUGAUAACCCAUACUCAGAAAAGGUCUUGGGAAGCAGAUCAAGUGAUGAAUUGGUUGAAAGAACAAGAGUGGGGUCUAAUGCUUCUUGAUGAGGUACACACUAUUCCAGCUAAGAUGUUUAGACGUGUUUUAACUAUUGUUCAAGCUCAUUGUAAAUUAGGACUUACUGCAACUUUGGUAAGAGAGGAUGAUAAAAUUCAAGAUCUGAAUUUCUUAAUUGGACCAAAAUUAUAUGAAGCCAACUGGUUAGAACUUCAAAAUGGUGGCUAUAUUGCAAAAGUGCAGUGUGCUGAGGUGUGGUGUCCAAUGACACCAGAAUUUUAUCGGGAAUAUCUUAUUGCGAAGGCAGCAAAGAAACUGCUUCUAUUUGUAAUGAAUCCUAAUAAAUUCAGAGCUUGCCAAUUUCUUAUUCGAUAUCAUGAAAUAAGGAGUGAUAAAGUCAUUGUAUUCUCAGACAAUGUUUUUGCUUUGAAGCAUUAUGCUAUUAAAAUGAACAGACCUUAUAUUUAUGGCCCAACCUCUCAAGCUGAGAGAAUGCAAAUUCUUCAGAACUUCAAGUAUAAUCCCAAAGUCAAUACCAUAUUUGUGUCUAAAGUUGCAGAUACUUCCUUUGACUUGCCUGAAGCUAAUGUUUUAAUUCAAAUAUCCAGUCAUGGUGGUUCAAGAAGACAAGAAGCUCAAAGACUUGGAAGAAUUUUGAGAGCUAAAAAAGGUGCAUUUUGUGAAGAGUACAAUGCAUUCUUCUAUACUUUGGUUUCUCAAGAUACAAUGGAAAUGCAUUAUUCAAGAAAGAGACAGCGAUUUCUUGUUAAUCAAGGUUAUAGCUAUAAAGUUAUAACUAAACUGAUGGGAAUGGAAGAGCAAACAGAUUUACUUUAUAAAACUAAAGAGGAGCAAACUCAGCUGCUACAACAAGUACUAGCUGCAAAUGAUGCUGAUGCUGAAGAUGAAAAGAUCCCAGCUGAAUUUUCUGGUGGUAAUCAAAAGGUAUCGCGUCGUGUUGGCAGUAUGAGUUCUUUGUCUGGUGCAGAUGAUGCUGUUUAUAUGGAAUAUAAAUUGAAAAGAGAAGCUAACAGGCAUCCAUUAUUUAAACGAUUUCGAAAGUAAUUGCUUAUGUAUAUAACUGUAAAUAAAUUUUUUAUUAUGAA